UUAUUUCUGAAGCUUGUGCCUGUUUUUACAUUGCUGGAAAAUCCUCCGCAGGUAUUAAUUCAGUCGCCGUAUGAAGAAUUAGCCCACGUUUGCUUGUAAGCAGCAUAUUAUAAAGGCGCAUGCAUCGCUGCAGAUCGCUAGUGAAGAAGACGGGAUUGUAACGUUAUAUUGAUGUGGAAUUGGACCAGGUGUUAGAAUUCAAAAGCAGUCCAAUCCAGCACAAGUGUCGGGAUGAGCUUCUUCAGUUUCGGACAAAGUGCUGAGAUUGACAUAGUUCUGAAUGAUGCCGAGACGAGAAAAAAGGCCGAGCACAAAACAGAGGAUGGGAAAAAAGACAAAUACUUUCUGUUUUACGACGGAGAGACUGUCUCGGGGAAAGUAAACGUAACACUGAAGACCCCAGGAAAGAGGCUCGAGCAUCAGGGCAUCAAAAUAGAGUUCAUCGGGCAAAUCGAAUUGUACUACGACAGAGGAAACCAUCAUGAGUUUGUCUCUCUGGUAAAGGAUUUAGCUCGGCCUGGAGAAAUGGCUCAGUCGCAGACUUUUGAUUUUGAGUUCACGCAUGUGGAGAAACCGUAUGAGUCCUACACAGGCCAGAAUGUAAAACUACGCUAUUUCCUGCGGGCUACCGUCAGCCGGAGACUGAAUGACAUCUGUAAAGAGAUGGACAUCGUUGUGCACACACUCAGCACAUAUCCAGAGCUCAACUCCUCCAUUAAGAUGGAGGUGGGAAUUGAGGACUGUCUGCACAUCGAGUUCGAAUACAACAAGUCCAAGUAUCACUUGAAAGAUGUAAUUGUGGGAAAGAUCUAUUUCCUUUUGGUGAGAAUUAAGAUCAAACACAUGGAAAUCGAUAUUAUUAAACGGGAGACGACGGGGACGGGGCCAAACGUGUACCAUGAGAAUGACACCAUUGCAAAAUAUGAGAUCAUGGAUGGAGCUCCAGUUCGAGGUGAAUCCAUCCCUAUCCGUCUUUUUCUGGCUGGAUAUGAGAUGACGCCCACCAUGAGGGAUAUUAAUAAGAAAUUCUCUGUUCGUUAUUACCUGAACCUUGUACUCAUUGAUGAAGAAGAGAGGCGUUACUUCAAACAACAGGAGAUUACACUAUGGAGGAAGGGAGACGUAGUGAGGAAGAGCAUGUCUCAUCAAGCUGCCAUUGCCUCUCAGCGCUUCGAGGGCUCAGAGAAAACACUUCCUCAAGCGAAAGAGGACAGCAACUAAACCUAAUCACGUCAGCUCAUCAUCUCAAGUGUGUGUAUGUGUUAGAGAAAGAGAGAGUGUGAGUGUGUGUUUAUAGAUUUAAAGAAAAAAGUGUGCUCUUAAUAUAGACUGGGCAGCGUAAACAUUAUAUUUCACAUUCCUAAACAUUAUAGUUUAUGAUCAACAAGUAGCUUUUAAAAAGGGAUGAAUGUGAAAAGCGAAAACACUGAUUCCAAAAAAAAAAAAAA